AUGACGUGGCCGGCUAAAUCUCCUCUGCCACAGACGAUAAGGCCGGUCUAUUUCGUGCAAAGCCCACCAAACACAGACGUAGACAAGAUAUCGACCAGGUCAGGUUUUAGCCCGUUCGGUUCAUCUUUGAACCGGUCCGGUCAGAACAACAAUUAUAACCAUCAUGACUAUGUGGCCGAGUCAUCUUCGACGCCACAGUCCUCAGGUCCAUUGAGAAACGGAUACAGUAGUCUCCAAGUGCAUGAUCAUGAUCGUCGAAUCAACGAGUAUGAUGAUGAGGAAGAUUACGAUGAAAUGGACGGUCUAGAUCAGAAGAGGAGAAGGAAAACGAGGGUUUAUUGGUGCUUGUUAUUUACGUUUGUGUUGGCAUUUACUCUCUUCUCUCUCAUUUUGUGGGGCGUUUCCAAAUCUUUCUCACCUAUUGUCACUUUGAAGGAGAUGGUAUUGGAGAGAUUAAACGUGCAAUCCGGGAACGACGCAUCAGGAGUACACACAGAUAUGCUAAAUCUAAAUUCAACGGUCAGGAUCUUAUACAAAAAUCCAGCAACUUUCUUCACCGUCCACGUCACCUCCUCUCCCCUCCAGCUCAGCUAUUUCCAGCUCAUCCUCGCCUCCGGUCAGAUGGAAAAGUUCUCACGACGAAGGAAGAGUGAGAGAAUCAUUGAGACUAAAGUAUUAGGCAAUCAAAUUCCUUUGUAUGGAGGCGUACCGGCUCUUUAUGCCCAACAAGCUAAACCGGACCGAGUCGUUUUGCCUUUGAAUCUGACCUUUACGUUGCGGUCACGAGCCUAUGUGCUUGGCCGAUUGGUUAAGACUACGUUCUACACGAACAUCAGAUGUAGCAUCACUUUCCAUGGCGAUAAACUUGGCAAGACACUUGAUCUCUCCAAGUCUUGCUUUUGA